UUAACUGCCUGCAGUUCCUGGGCUGUGGAAAUCACACACACGGCGGCAUCCCGGAACUCGCCUUCGACUCCGACAGCCGACACGACGGCGGCAUCCCGGACCCCAAGCCGGCCGCCGCGUCCGAGAGCGUCAUUGUUGAAUAGAUCAAGUCCACCCCGGGUCGGUCGGCAUCCUACUCCCACCUACUCCCCUACCAACACGCGGGGGAGGGGGGACGCCAUGAGGAAGACUUUCUGCUUCGGGGGCAGACGUGUGGCCAGGAAGAUGUCGGAACGGGCGCCGAUGGUCGACGGGAUGAUAAGGUCGUGGCGUUCCGCGACAUCAACCCGUCGGCGUUCAGGGCAUGGGUUCAUUUCAUCGAACACCUGGCACUAUCUUGUCAUACCCAUUGAUCAUAUACCAACUGUAAAUAGCCUCCGCAAAACCAAAGAUGAUCACCAGUUAGUGAGCCACAUGGUGAAGGUGGGGAAAGACUUCCUCAAUCAAGAUGCUCCAAAUUCUGAGGAACACAGGUUUGGGUUCCAUCAGCCCCCAUUUAAUAGUAUUGAUCACCUUCAUCUUCAUUGCCUGGCACUGCCAUUUAUCCCCAGUUGGAGGCAAGUAAAAUAUACCCCUCUGGGACCUUUAGGGGGGUUUAUCGCAGCAGAAAAGCUAUUGGAAAGAAUAAAACCAGAAGCAGAAGCAUACAGUUAGCAUCAAUAUUUUUACUGAUACCUGCUAUCCCUGCUUAUUUGCAUUAUUUUGUACUCUUAUUUAUGGGUCAAUCACAAUCAGUACAUUUAUGUGAGUAUUUACUCUCUUCCCUCUUCUGUAAUCAGCUGACGCGUAUUGUGUAUUGUAUUCACUGUUUGGACUUCUCAAAGACUAGAUCUGUAAUGUUGAACUCAAUGAAACUAACCACUCUAGAAGUUAAACUGAGCUUUCA